GAAAUGCCUUGGAAAUGCUACCGAUGCUCUUACCAAGCAACUCGUGCCGAUUCAUAUGAGCAUCUCAGACAUUGCUUUCCCGAUGAGCAGCCGUCACAGGAUGACGCUGCACACGUUAUCGGAGUAUUGGGAGAUGUGAAUUUGAGAAGUGGAAGAUCCGUCCAGAAGGAAGGUGCUGGCGAGCUGAUGACCAUAAAUGGGGAGACAAAGCCCCUCAGCGAGUUUAGCGCCAGGGAAGCUUUGGAAGCCAUGGUGGGGCCCGAAAAAGCAAUUUUGACAACGAAAAAGCGUCGGUCGAGAUAUGGUAGCAAGGCGAGUAUCUCUGCUGGAAUCAUUCCCUCUGGAACUAAUCGUAUAUCAAUCACCGGCGAUGGGAAGAUGCGGUUUAGAUUUCGAAAGGCAGGCGUUAAAGACUGCGCCGCUGGAAUAUCAGAAUACCCUAGAUAUUUGGAUGCCGUGCAUAAAGCGCAUGAUCAGUGGCAACAAGAAACAAUCGCGUUGCCGCUAUGUUCUCGCCUUCGGGAUAUCGUACCUUCCACAUGGGAAACGGCCUCGACAUCAGCUCAUCUACCGUUCAUAAGCAAGGAAUCAGUUGGUUUUCGGAUACGAGAAAGUGAGGAUAAGGGCACCCAUCAGGAUGUUCCCCACUCUUGCCAGCGGUUGUCAGCUCUAUGUUCGAUAGAACUCAAACGCGAAAUUCAGGAUUAUGUUACAGUUGCUUAUUGUGGUGGACCUAUUUGUGCUAUAAGUAUAGCACCAAAUGCGAUGCCGAAUGGUGAGACAGCUAGUUUCUGUUAG